AAAUUGCAUCUUGAAGUUCACUUGAGCUUGGAGUCCAAGAUGGCCGCGAUGACAGAUAUAUCGAACUGUUAACCGAAUAUGGGAUACGCCUAAAUUUUCAGUUUGCACCGACGCAUCUCUUAGACAUUAUAAUACAAUGAAUAUAAUAAAUACGUGCAGUGAUAUGAAAGGUGGAGGAUGCACGAAGAACAAAUGACUUUUACGAACGUGCAGUUUGUCUUAACUCAUACGUAUGCUACGUUCUGUGUUCAGUCUGCUUUUUCACAACGAGUAAUUUGUUCAUUUGCAACAAGAACUCGUUACAAGGAGAACGACUAAAGAUUUCACACUCAACUGCCCACGUAAAUAAAUUAACCUAUCAAACUUUUAUUCGAGAAAAAGUGACUUAAUUCGAGAAUAUAAGGUUGUGAUAUUUAUGUGUUAAAAUAUUCAAGCUACUGUUAGAAUAAAAAAUAUGGAGGCAAUUGUAGAAUAUAACUAUGAAGCACAAGAACCUGAUGAAUUAACUUUAAAGAAAGGAGACGUUAUUACUGAAAUUAAAGUGAUGUUAGGUGGUUGGUGGGAAGGGACUUUAAGAGAUAAACGGGGCAUGUUUCCUGAUAAUUUUGUCAAGGUAUUGGAACCUUUAUCAAGUGGAACGGUUGGAAGUACAGGAAGUGGAGGAAGCGAAGGAGCUGGUAGUGCUAAAUCUGAAGAUGUCUCCUUAAAAAACGGCGGAUCUAAAAGACGAUUUUGUAAAGUGCUUUUUAAUUAUGAACCAUGUAAUAAAGAUGAACUAACUUUAGUACCCCAAGAUUCUAUAGAAUUUUUGGGUGAAGUAGAAGAGGGAUGGUGGAGAGGUAGACUUAAAGGCAGAGUUGGUGUUUUUCCAUCAAAUUUUGUUUCUCCUCCAGUUUAUGAAGAAUCUGAUAAACACAAAGAUCAAGAGAGCAGAAGGUUGUGUAAAGUACUUUUUCCUUAUGAAGCUGCUAAUAUAGAUGAAUUGACAUUAAACGAAGGAGAUAUAAUAACUCUUCUAUCUACAAAUGCUUCUGAUAAGGGUUGGUGGAUAGGAGAAUUAAAUGGUCAAGUAGGCUUAUUUCCUGAUAAUUUUGUUGAAGUAAUAAAUGUUCCAUCCGAUCAUCAAGAUCAUGAACAAAAACUUAAGGCAUCUAUGAAGUCCAUUACAAAACAUUCUCAUCAAAUAAAAAAGAAUGGAAAAGUGCACACUAGAAAAAGUUUGGAUGUAAAAGAUCUACAUGCAGAUGUAACUAAGAAAACCAUAUCAACAGGAGCAUCUUCUACGACAUCAACUUCUCCAGGAAUUGGAGGAAGUGGUGGAGAAAGGAAAAAUAUAAGUGGACAUUCAAUUACGUCGAAUUUAAAACGUCUUGUAGCUGAUGUUGGGACUAAUAAUGGUAAUGGAAAUACAAAUAUAGCUCUGGGUGAAGAGUUAGAUGGUGUAGAACGAGGAGAAGGUGCACCGCUUUCGCAUUUAACAGCUUCUCGAGCUAAAGCACCCCAUCGACGUCCACCUUCUUCACAACGUUUAAGACGCCACGUUACUGGGCCACCAAUUACUACAACCACUACAACACCUGAAGAUAACUUAGCAAACGGUAAUGCAGACAUUAUAUUAGAACAGUUACGGGAAGAAGAACCUGAAGGAUUGGCUGCAAAAGCAAGAAGAAAAGCACCUUGGGUAGAAGAAUUAAAAUUGAACCAAUUGGAAAGGAGAAAGAUUGUAUCGGUGGAUCGUAUUGAUAAAUCCGAAGAAAAAAAAGAACGUCCCAGUUCACGAGUAUUAACAACGACAAAUGUUGCUGAUUGUAUUAAUAAAUUGGAAGGGGAAAGUGAAGAAAGUAGACUGAAGGAUAAAGGUCAAAGCCAGAAAUGCGAUACAUCUUCACAUGUUGAACAAAUCUCAUCUACUCCUGGGACUCCUCCUGCUUAUGUUCCAUUUGCACUUUACAAUCAACUACUAGAAAGGGUUGUUGCCUUAGAAGAAAAGCAAGCAAUGUUACAACAAACAAUGGGACAAAUUUUGGAACAAUUUGUACCUCCUGUCUCUUCAAUCAACAGCCCUGAUUAAUCAACACAAAUUCUACAGUAUGUCUUUUCACGUAAAAUGCUGCUAAAAUCUCAAUUUCAUUUUCCAUUAUAAAUAUCGUCGAGCAGUAGUGUAUACUUACCGUAUAAUUCUUAGAAUUAUUCAUUCUAGUAGCGGCAUUUUCAAUUUGUUUCGCUAAUGUGGUAACAGUAUUUAUUUAAUUUGAUUAAGUAAAAUAUUCCAUAUAUCAUUCCUUCCUUGAAGAAGCAUUUUUUCAAUUUACGUCAGUUUAUCUUAUUUCACUAUAAGUAUUUUCUUUGUUACUUUCAUAUUACUUUUAAUGACAUCUCAAAGUUUCUAAAACAUAUGUAAUAUAAAUUUUCCAAAUCUUGCUAUAUCUAUUAAAGGAUUAUUAGCUUCAUUACUUAAUUAAAGUAAAAAUACAGCAUAUUUAGUAAUGGAUACCUGAUAUAGAGGAUGAAUCAAUAAGAAUUACCACUUGAAAUAACUUGUUAUCUAUUAACUUUAUUUAAAAAAUGGUUUAAAUGAAAUUUUUGUAUUCGAGAAGAUUUCGACCAGAUGAGUAUAUUUCGAUUUCUGAUUUUCGAUUUUGGAAUGUUUUAAAUGACACUGCAUUUUUUAUUAAUAUCCUGUUGUAAUCUGUUUGAGAAUUUGAAUAAUUAACCAUCGAUACAGAGCUUGUUGGGCUCGAGAUGCAGUUACAUUUCAUAAAUUUUCGUUUCAUUUGAGAAAUCCAAGGUCACUUUAAUAUUUCAAAAAACUAAAAUACAUUCAUCUAACCAGUCUUCUCAAAUACACUAAAUUUUAUUUCAAACAUUUUUUGAUAAAGUCAAUAGAUAACGAGUCAGAUGGUAAUACUUAUUUAUUCACCCUGUAUACAUAUAUAGAGAUUUAUUUUAAAACAUUUAAAACAUCUUAAAAUUAAUAUGUAUAUCUUUCUAAUAUAUUUCCUUAAACUGUAUCUCAAAACUAUAGGAGUAUAUUUGUACUUAAAUUACUAAAUCAGUAAAGACUAUGCAUUUUAUAUUUUCGUUGAAAAGCUGCCUCGCAUUUAUAACGUAAUAUUAAUUACUUUUAAGUCCAUUAAAUAAUUCAAGUGCCAAUAUAUUUAAUUUUCCUUUGCAUAAUUUUAUAACUCUACCAUAAAAACGUUAAUACUAUUUAGUUUCCAGAAAAAAUGCAUUAACAAAGUAUUAAAUAUACUUACUUAAAAUGAAAUAAGUUUAAUAUAACUUAAAAUGGUGCUACAUGAUGAAAUACUUGUGAUACUUUAUAUCACGUAUUAUAAUAUAACUAAAUGAGGCAGCAAACUAUGAAUAAUAAUUUUUAUCCUAAAUGAAAUAGAGUGACAAGAUACAUUAAAGCUCACUUAAAAAAACAAAUUAUAUUAAUAACUUUGUUCCAUAUAAUCACAAAACUGUUGAAUAUUUCAAAUCUUUUUAUUUUUUUAAAUAAAUGAAAUUUUAAGUAUAGAAUGAGAUGGUUAAGGAUACGUGUAUGAAAUAAAUACAAGCAAAACAAUAUUUAAUUUUUUACAUCAGUAUUAUCUAAAAAGAAAAAAUAGCAGGUUUAUAAUAUUUCUUCCGAUUAUAAUCACAUUAUUUCGAAUUAUACGUUAGCUAUGUGCAAAUAUGUAAAUACCCAGUAUCGUAAAUGAGUUGAAGAAAACAGUAAAUUCCUAUAGUAAUUUGCAAAUGAACUACUAAAUAUACAAAAAUUCUAGUCUAAAACAAACAGAUUUGCAGUGAUUAAAGGAUUCAAGUGCCAGGGCCAAUGAAACUAACACUGUCACUAUAAAUGUCGUUGUUAAUAAG